CUCUCACACACAUACACAUCCCACCCCUCCCUCACCUUUGAGGGACAUCCUAGAAGAUAAAAGGAGCGCACCCUGCUUGCAGCGCAGCUCACGCUUACCAAAGCUCAGCAACAACAACAGCAAGCGAGACCUGCUCUCCACCUCUAGUCUCAUCUUGCCACCAUGCCUCCUCAGCUGAAGUCCCAAAAGCAAAGCGGCCCGCGGGUCCUGCAGGGUGACUUGAGCGCCCUCAGCCCGGCUGUCAGGGAGUUCGUGGAAGCCAACGUGACUCUGUGCCAGCCGGACUCCUUGCAUGUCUGCGACGGCUCUGAUGAGGAAAACCGCACCAUCUUGGCCCAGCUGGAGGAACAGGGGGUGAUCAAGAAGCUCACCAAGUAUGAUAACUGCUGGCUGGCCAGGACCGACCCGAGGGACGUGGCCCGCGUGGAGAGCAGGACUGUGAUCGUGACCAGAGAGCAGCGGGACACAGUGCCCACUCCUCUGGGGGGCGGAGUCAGCCAGCUGGGCCGCUGGAUGUCGCCGGAGGAGUUUGACAAAGCGGCGGCUCAGCGCUUCCCCGGAUGCAUGAAAGGUCGCACCAUGUAUGUCAUCCCCUUCAGUAUGGGUCCGGUCGGGUCCGCCCUCUCCAAGAUCGGAGUGGAGCUGACCGACUCGCCAUACGUGGUGGCCAGCAUGAGGGUCAUGACCCGAAUGGGCAAGGCGGUUCUGGCCGCACUCGGGAACGGCGAGUUUGUCCGUUGUCUGCACUCCGUUGGCUGUCCACUGCCACUUAAAAGACCACUGGUCAAUAACUGGCCUUGCAACCCUGAGCAGACCCUCAUCGCCCACAUCCCACAGCGUAGACAGAUUGUCUCUUUCGGGAGUGGGUAUGGAGGAAACUCCCUACUGGGGAAGAAGUGCUUUGCCCUGCGCAUCGCCUCACGUCUCGCCAAGGAGGAAGGCUGGUUGGCUGAGCACAUGCUGAUCCUGGGCAUCACCAACCCUGCUGGUCAGAAGAAGUACAUGGCGGCAGCCUUCCCCAGUGCCUGCGGGAAGACCAACCUGGCCAUGCUGCGUCCAACACUGCCAGGGUGGAAGGUGGAGUGUGUCGGUGAUGACAUCGCCUGGAUGAAGUUUGAUCAGCAAGGCAACUUACGCGCCAUCAACCCCGAAAACGGCUUCUUUGGUGUUGCGCCUGGUACCUCUGCCAAAACAAACCCAAACGCCAUGGCAACUAUUGCCAAGAACACCAUCUUCACCAAUGUGGCAGAGACCAGCGAUGGCGGUGUUCACUGGGAGGGCAUGGAUGAGGAGCUGGCAGAGGGCGUCAGCGUCACUUCUUGGAAGAACAAAUCUUGGAAGCCAGAAGACGAUGAACCUUGUGCCCACCCCAACUCUCGUUUCUGCUCGCCGGCCAGUCAGUGCCCCAUCAUUGACCCUCUGUGGGAAUCACCAGAAGGUGUUCCGAUUGAGGCCAUCAUCUUUGGGGGACGUCGGCCUGAAGGUGUUCCGCUGGUCUAUGAGGCCUUCAGCUGGCAGCACGGUGUCUUUGUUGGUGCUGCCAUGAGGUCAGAGGCCACCGCCGCAGCUGAACACAAAGGCAAGGUGAUCAUGCACGACCCAUUUGCCAUGCGGCCAUUCUUCGGCUACAACUUCGGCCAGUACCUCUCUCACUGGCUCAGCAUGGCAGAGCGUCCCGGCGCCAAGCUCCCCAAGAUCUUCCAUGUUAACUGGUUCCGCAAGAGCCCCUCUGCCGGCUUCCUCUGGCCCGGUUUUGGUGAAAACAUCCGCGUUCUGGACUGGAUGUUUCGGCGGUUGAAUGGCGAGGCCGGCGCCAUGCCGUCCGCCGUGGGCUACCUGCCAUGCCCGCACUCUCUGGACCUACACGGUCUGAGCGUGGACAUGAACCAGUUGUUUGCUCUGGACCAAGACUUCUGGCAGAAGGAGGUGGAGGAAGUGGAGAAGUACUUCCGCACGCAGGUGAACGAUGACCUGCCCGUGGAGGUGGCGAGGCAGCUGGAGCUCCUCCGGCAUCGGGUCAACCAGAUGUGAAGAAAAUGUUACGAGGAAAACCUCAUUAUAGUUUUCGUAGACUUGCUAGAAUGUUCCAUUGCCACUGAUUGUAACAUGCAAAUGUCACCGAUUGAAGGUGAACAAUCCAAAGGUACUCCUGUUAGCAUUCAAUGCUAACGGCUAGCUCUCCAUCCAUUCCUGUGCAUUUAAUUCUUAUUCCAUUUGUUGUAUUUCAUGAUAACUUAUUGUGAACGCACAAUACUUUAUGCCUUAAUUUAUUUUUAUAUGUCUACUUUGUAUUCAAAUCUAAGUUCUGGCCCCAAAAGGGCAACUGUCAAUAAACAUACUGCCAUUA